GAGAGGUUGAUCUGCAGACUACCGACACGUCAUCUAGAUCAUAAAUUUUAAAUAUGAAGUUGAUUAUUCUGUAUUCACUUCUGGGAUUCUUCAUCAUUUGCAAUGGUCAAACCACUGCAGACCCUAAUGAUGAAGAUGAUGUUGUUGCCUCUGAAGCCCUAAACAGUGUUUGGAGUGGAUUUUCAAGUGAAGUAAUGAGAAUUCCUGAUUUUGCAGCCAAUACACGUCUACUGAUAAUGUCUUUUGGUAGAUUUGGCAUCUUCAUGCAAAUGUUUUCAGGUGAACGUCUACCAAUUGGCCGAGGCCCAUUAUGUUUAGUAAUGGUUCCUAUGUUUUGAAAGUAAACAUCAGACUGCUGGUUCUCACAAGAAAAUGCUCUCUGUUUCCCAAGAAGUUCUGUGAAGAAUGAAUCCAGAUGGUUUGGGUUUAUCGGAUAACUAAAUCUGAUUACAACAUAUUUGAUGGUACAGAGCCCUCUAAUGAGAAAUAGAAUGCUGAGACAUCGAGUUACUAUUGAUUCAAAUACCACCAUUUUAAAAUGCAUUUGAGUACAACCAUUGAAAUCAUUAACAUUUUUAGUCAUUUUAGAAAUCAAUCAAAAUCAUGAAAUCUUCAUAGUGUAUUUAGAUAUUAUCAAUAAAGACUUUUAGCAUUAUAAUGAA